CUUGUACACCCCACCCCGUGUCAGGGGGGGAUCAGCUGUGCCAGUCCCGGCAGACCACACACACACACACACACACACACACACACACACACACACACACAGUACACACAGUAUGCUGGCUGGAAGACAAAGCCAGUUGCGCUGCUAAACAAGACGAUCCCUGCCUCCAUUCUGCUCCCUCGCUGGCGUGAAGAGAAGGCAUGAUGCCGCUGCCGUAGCCUCGCCGUAUCAGAAGGAGUUAGUUUAUCGAGGGGAAGAGUCGCUUUUUGCCUUACGGUGGAAUAUUUUAGUUUUUCUGUGCAGUCGACAUGCUGGCGGAGCGAAGAGAGAAUAGCAGGCUCGCCUUUGCCCUGACCAAACCGCUCAAGAUGAACAUGGUGAAAAGGAUCAUGGGCCGGCCGCGGCAGGAGGAGUGCAGCCCCCAGGACAACGCGCUCGGCCUGAUGCACCUGCGACGCCUCUUCUCAGAACUGUGCCACCCUCCUCGCCAUAUGACCCAGAAGGAGCAGGAGGAGAAGCUCUACAUGAUGCUUCCUGUAUUCAACAGGGUGUUUGGGAAUGCCCCCCCCAGCAGCAUGAUGGAGAAGUUUUCGGACCUGCUGCAGUUCACCACCCAGGUGUCCCGGCUCAUGGUGACCGAGAUCAGGAGACGGGCUUCCAACAAGUCCACAGAGGCAGCCAGCAGAGCCAUAGUCCAGUUCCUGGAGGUGAACCAGAGUGAGGAAGCAAGCCGUGGUUGGAUGCUGCUGACCACCAUCAACCUGCUGGCCUCAUCUGGACAGAAAACUGUGGACUGCAUGACGACCAUGUCCGUUCCCUCCACCCUGGUGAAAUGCCUCUACUUGUUCUUUGACCUUCCCAACAUGGCCGAAGCCCCCGUGGGCCCCACUCCACCCCCUCCGCAACCCCCACCCAACCAGGAGAAGACUCCGGGCCAGGGCCAGUCUCAGCCAGAGCUGCCCCUGGCUGACCGCCGGGCGCUGCUCCAGAAUGUCUUCGUCCAGAUCCUGGUGAAGCUGUGCACCUUCGUGUCUCCAGCGGAGGAACUUGCCCAAAAAGAUGACCUGCAACUUCUAUUCAGUGCCAUAACCUCCUGGUGCCCCCCCCACAACCUGCCGUGGAGGAGGAGUGCUGGGGAGGUGCUCACCACCAUCUCCCGCCACGGCCUCAGCGUCAACGUGGUCAAAUAUAUCCACGAGAAGGAAUGUUUGGCCACGUGUGUUCAGAACAUGCAGCAGUCGGAAGACCUCUCCUCUCUGGAGAUCGUUGAGAUGUUCGCUGGCCUCUCCUGCUUCUUGAAAGACUCCAGCGACGUGUCCCAGACCCUGCUGGAUGACUUUCGCAUGUGCCAGGGCUACGCAUUCCUCUGUGACCUCAUGCUCAGACUGGAGCAGGCUAAGGAGGACGACUCAAAAGAUGCGCUGAAGGACCUGGUGAACUUGGUCACGUGCUUGUGCACGUACGGGGUGACGGAGCUGAAACCUGCUGGCCUGACAACUGGAGCCCCGUUCCUCCUGCCUGGGUUUGUUCUCCCUCAGCCGUCUGGGAAAGGCCACACGGUCCGUAACAUCCAGGCUUUUUCCGUGCUCCAGAACGCCUUCCUGCGGGCCAAAACGAGCCGCCUGGCCUGCAUGCUCCUGGACGCCGUAGGGAACAUCUACGCAGCGGAGCCGGCCAACUACUUCAUCCUGGAGUCGCAGCACACCCUGUCGCAGUUUGCAGAGCGUGUGCCCAAGCUGGCCCAGGCCCAGGCCAAGUACUUUGAGCUGCUGGAGUUCGUGGUGUUCAGCCUGAACUACGUGCCGUGUAAGGAGCUCUUCAGCGUUAGCGUGCUGCUCAAGUCCAGCACGUCGCUCUGCUGCAGCAUCACGGCGGUACGAACGCUGCUGAAGCUGGCCCGACACGACGCGGUGUUCAGCGACGUGCUGCGGGAGGUCGGCCUGCUGGAGGUGCUGGUCAACCUGCUGCACAAAUACGCUGCCUUGCUCAAAGAACCAAGCUCACAACAACAAGCACACAAUAAUGACCAAGCUGACUGUAAGAACAACACAGUAGCAGAUGAGCAGAAGCAGCUGGCCUGGCUGGUGAUGGAGACACUGACGGUGCUGCUGCAGGGCUCCAACACUACCAACACUAACGCAGCUCUGUUCCGGGAGUUUGGCGGUGCCCGCUGCGUUCAUAACAUCGUGAAGUACCGUCAGUGUCGGGAACACGCUCUGCUCAUCAUCCAGCAGUUGGUCUGGUCGCCCAGCGGCGACGAUGACAUGGGAACCCUGUUGGGCCUCAUGCACUCGGCGCCGUCCAGCGAGCUGCAGCUGAAAACCGACAUUCUGAGGGCGUUGUUAGCCGUGCUACGUGAGAGUCACCGCACUCGGACGGUGUUCCGGAAGGUCGGAGGCUUCGUCUACAUCACCUCGCUCCUGGUGGCCAUGGAGCGCUCGCUGUGUCAGCCUCCACAACACGGCUGGGAGCGUGUCAACCAGAACCAAGUCUUUGAACUUCUGCACACGGUUUUCUGCACACUCACGGCCGCCAUGCGCUACGAGCCGGCCAACUCGCACUUCUUCCGCACGGAGAUCCAGUACGAGAAGCUGGCGGAUGCCAUCAGGCUGCUGGGUUGUUUCUCCGACACAAAGAAGCUGGGUCCAACAGGAGUCUUCCCCUCCAACGCUCAGCCCUUCCAGAGGCUGCUGGAGGACGAGGCUGCCCCCGGAGGCUGUGCCGGAGACAGUGUGUGUCCUACCCUCAACCACUGCAGCAAGCUGUUCAUCUACCUGUACAAGAUGGCCACCGACUCGUUUGACAGUCGUGCAGAGCAGGUGCCUCCCUGUCUGACUCAUGAAACCUUGCUGCCCUCCCCGUGGGGCACGCCUGCACUCACCAGAAAGAGACACGGCUACCACGGCACAUCGGGCCCGCCCCCCCCAAUCAAAGCCCUGACUGACCUGAAACACCACUUAGCUAACCCCUCCCAUCCAGCGUCUGUUUCCUCCUCAUCUGACAUGGUGGUCAUCCACCCGGGAGCCGUCCUAGCCAUGUUGGACCUCCUUCCCUCCGUCUCCUCUGACAAACAACCAGAGCAUGCCCUGGACCUGCAGCUGGCCGUGGCCAACAUCCUGCAGCUCCUGGUGAACAGUGAGAGGAACCAGCAGGUGCUGUGUGAAGCCUGCCUCCAUCAGCGGCUGCUGCAGCGCUGCAGCCAGGCCCUCUGCGAUGAAGAUCACCCGCUUCACCCGCCGCUGCAGAGGAUGUUUGAGAGGCUGGCCUCGCAGGCCCUGCAGCCAAUGGCACUCCGGGAAUUUUUACGCCUUGGAAACCCGCUGAACUGUGGCGCCUGGGACAAGAAGCUCCUGAAGCAGUACCGGGUCCACAAGCCCAGCUCUCUGGGUUACGACGUUGAGAUGAGGAACAGCAUGACGUUAUCCAUGGAGGGCUUCGGCCCUGACAGCGUCUUCGCUACGCCAGCGGAGGACAACGACCAGUACCGCAUUAGCCGUAGCCUGGUGCGCUCCGCUGAGGACAGCACGGUGCCCCUCACCAGAGUCAAGUGCCUGGUAUCCAUGACGACACCCCAUGACAUCCGUCUGCACGGGUCAGCUGUCACACCGCCGUUUGUGGAGUUUGACACCUCACUGGAGGGUUUUGGGUGCCUGUUUCUGCCCAGCCUGGCGCCCCUCAACGCUCCCACCAACAACACCAACACCUCCGGGGUCAGCGACGGAGCGGUAGUGAGCGGGAUGGGAGCAGGUGAGCGCCUGUUUCCUCCUCCGUCGGGGCUGAGUUACUCCACCUGGUUCUGCGUGGAGCGCUUCAGCGAUGCGUCGCAGGCCCACCCGGUGCGGCUGCUAACCCUGGUCCGGCGGGCCACCUCCUCAGAGCAGCACUACGUCUGCCUGGCUGUGGUGCUGUCAGCCAAAGACCGCUGUCUGACCGUCUCCACCAAGGAGGAGCUGCUGCAGACCUACUCAGCGGACGAGUCGAGUGAAGAAGCCUCCUUCUAUGAGAUCCUGCCCUGCUGCUCGCGUUUCCGCUGUGGGGAGCUGAUCGCCGAGGGCCAGUGGCACCACCUGGUGUUGGUCAUGAGCAAAGGCAUGCUUAAAAACAGCAUGGCCACGCUGUACCUGGACGGGCAGCUCAUCAGCACCGUUAAGCUUCACUACGUCCACAGCACUCCGGGUGGCUCUGGAUCCACCAACCCCCCCGUGGUGAGCACCGUCUACGGUUAUGUGGGAACGCCUCCUGCCCAGCGGCAGCUCUCCAGCCUGGUGUGGCGUCUGGGACCCAGCCACUUCCUGGAGGAGGUCUUAUCUGCCACCAGUGUGGCGGCCAUCUAUGAACUGGGAACAAACUAUGUGGGCAGCUUCCAGGCUGUCUACCCUCCCUGUAAAGAUGCAAAGACGGAGGUUGCACCUGCCACGCCGGUGGCGUUGGUACCAGAAGAGAAAGUGUCGUUCAGUCUCUGCGCGCUCUCCGUCUCCACGCUCACCGUGGCGAAAAUCAGGAAAGUCUACAACAAGCUGGACAGCAAAGCCAUCGCCAAGCAGCUCGCCGUGUCGUCCCAUGAAAACGCCACUCCGGUGAAGCUGAUUCACAACGCGGCCGGACACCUGAACGGGCCGGCGCGGACCAUCGGAGCGGCGGUCAUCGGAUACUUGGGUGUUCGUACCUUCGUGCCCAAACCCGUAGCCACCAACUUGCAGUACGUCGGAGGGGCUGCGGCCAUCUUGGGGCUGGUUGCCAUGGCGUCGGAUGUAGAAGGGCUGUACGCAGCUGUCAAAGCUCUGGUGUGUGUUGUGAAAAGCAACCCUUUGGCCAGCAAAGAGAUGGAGCGCAUCAAAGGCUACCAGCUGUUAGCCAUGUUGCUGAAGAAGAAGCGCUCGCUGCUCAACAGUCACAUCCUCCACCUCACCUUCUCUCUGGUGGGAACGGUGGACAGCGGACACGAGACCUCCAUCAUUCCCAACUCCACGGCAUUCCAGGAUCUGCUGUGUGACUUUGAGGUCUGGCUCCACGCUCCCUACGAGCUCCACCUGUCCCUCUUUGAGCAUUUCAGCGAACUUUUGACAGAAUCCAGCGAAGCGGCCAAAAACUGCAAACUGCUGAGGGAGUUUCAGCUGAUCCCGAAGCUGCUGCUGACGCUCAGGGACGCGUCGCUGUCGCAGCCCACCGUGGCCGCCAUCAGUAACGUGCUCAGCCUGCUGCUGCAGGGCUUCCCGAGCCCAUACGACCUGCUCAGGUUCGGCCAGUUCAUCUCCUCCACUCUGCCCACGUUUGCAGUCUGUGAGAAGUUUGUCGUCAUGGAAAUCAGCAACGAGGAGAAGAUCGAUGGAGGUAACGAGGAAGACUUUGGCGGCCUGCUGUCAGCCAGCCUGAUCCUGCUGAGAAACCGGCUGCUGGACAACCUGCUGAAGCUGCUCUUCACCAGCAAAGAGAAGAGCUCCGUUAACGUCCAGGUGUGCGAGGAGCUCGUGCGAACGCUGGGCUUUGAUUGGCUGCUGAUGUUUAUGGAAGAACACCUCCACUCCAGCACGGUGACUGUGGCUCUGCGGAUCCUGGUGGUGCUGCUGUCCAACCAGUCCAUCCUGAACCGCUUCAGAGAGGGUCUGUGUGGCGGGGGCUGGCUGGACCACACCGACUCCGUCCUGACCAAUAAGAUCGGCACAGUUCUGGGAUUCAAUGUGGGCCGCUGUGCUGGGGGGCGCUCCACACUCAGAGAGAUCAACAGGGACGCCUGUCAUUUCCCAGGAUUCCCUGUUCUGCAGACGCUGCUGCCCAAACACACCAACGUGCCUGAGCUGUACUUCCUGCUGAUGGCGCUGUUCCUGCAGCAGCCCGUCACCGAGCUGCCGGACAGCCUGCAGGUACAUUUUGACCUGGAUUCAAUCUGGACCUUCAUCUUUGGACUGCCGGCCUCCAGCGGAACGCUGGUGGGCUCCAUCCACAGCGUGUGCACCGAGGCGGCCUUCCUGCUGCUGGCCAUGCUGCGCAGCAUGCUCAACCUGCCGUGGCAGUCUGAGGAGGAAGGGUCCUGGCUCCGGGAGUACCCCGUCACCCUCAUGCAGUUCUUUAGGUACCUGUACCACAACGUGCCCGACCUAGCGCCCAUGUGGCACAGCCCAGAGUUCCUGUGCGCCCUGGCAGCCGCCGUCUUCCCCUUCAACAUCCGUCCGUACUCUGAGAUGGUGACCGAUCUGGACGACGAAGCGGGUUCUCCGACUGAAGAGUUCAAGGCCUUUGCUGGAGACUCCGGGAUGAAUCGCAGCCAGUCUGAGUACUGCAACGUGGGCUCCAAGACCUCGCUGACCAACCACCCGGCCAAAAAAUACGUCUUUGACUUCAUGAGGGUGUUGAUCAUGGACAACAUGUGCGUGACUCCAGCCACCAAGCAGACACCCAUCAUUGACCUGCUGCUGGAGGCGUCCCCCGAGCGCUCCACCAGAACUCAGCAGAAGGAGUUUCAGUCCAGCAUCCUGGACAGCGUGAUGGAGCAUCUUCUGGCUGCAGACGUCCUUCUGGGCGAAGACGCCUCUCUUCCUCUCAGCACCGGAGGAAGUUACCAGAUCCUGGUCAACAACGUCUUCUACUUCAGCCAGCGGGUGGUGGACAAGCUGUGGCAGGGAAUGUUCAACAAGGACUCCAAGCUGGUGGUGGACUUCAUAGUGCAGCUGAUCGGGCAGUCUAAGCGACGUUCCCAGGGCCUUUCCCUCGACACCAUCUACCACUGUCUGAACCGGACGGUGCUCUACCAGCUCUGUCGACCCCACAAGACGGUGGCUCAGCAGGUGGCCCUGCUGGACGCCCUGCGGGUCCUCACAGUCAACCGCAACCUGGUGCUCGGGCCGGGAAACCACGACCAGGACUUUGUGGCCUGUCUGGCGCACUGCUUCAUCUGCCUGCACAGCGGGAGCAGUGUGGACGGCUUUGGUCUGGAGGCGGAGGCCCGGAUGACAACCUGGCAUGUCAUGAUGUCAGCGGAGAACGAAAGCGACUCCACACACAGCCACGACGUCAGCGAGGGACGCCAGCUGCUGAUGAAGGCCGUCAACCGCGUGUGGACGGAGCUGAUGCACAGCAAGCGUCAGAUGCUGGAGGACAUCUUCAAAGUGUCUCUGCCCUGCAAUGACAGAGGACACGUGGACAUCGGCACGGCCCGUCCCGCUCUGGAGGAGCCUGCUCUGAAGAGCUGGCAGAACCAUCUGGCCCACGAGAAGAAGUGCAUUAGCCGUGGUGAGGCUGUGGCUCCGGCCGCCCAGUCCAAACUGUCCAGAGUCAGCAGCGGCUUCGGCCUCUCCAAGCUGACCGGUGUCCGCCGCAACAAGAAGGAGAACAGCCUGAACAAGAACAGCCCGACGGCACAGGAGACCUUCCAGUGGAUGUUCACUCACAUAGCCGUGGUCCGGGACCUGGUGACGCUGCAGCAUAAAGAAUAUCAGGAGCGACAGCAGAACGUCCUCAAGUACGUCACCGAGGAGUGGGCGGCCAUCGAGUACGAGCUGCUGCGUGAGCGAGGCCUCUGGGGCCCCCCCAUCGGCUCCCACCUGGACAAGUUCACACUGGAGAUGACAGAGGGGCCCUGCCGCAUGAGGAAGAAGAUGGUCCGCAAUGACAUGUUCUACCUCCACUACCCGUACGUCCCAGAAGCGGAGAUCAACACCAACUCAGUGCAGAGACCUCUGCGCUACCGCCGGGCCGUCAGCUACGACAGUAAGGAAUACUACAUGCGCCUGUUGUCCGGAAACCCGGGAAUGUACCAGCACUCCGUGGAGCACAGCACGGAGGGAGAAACCACUCAGCAGGAGCCCGAGCAUGGAGAAGACACCAUUGCUAGGGUCAAAGGUCUGGUGAAAGCUCCUCUGAAGAGGUCUCGGUCCACGGCCGACGGUGCAGAUGAGGACAGUCAGGAGCAGCUUCAGGAGCAGCUGCUGGAGUCGGGAGGUCCCGAGGAGGAGCAGAGGACUGACAACACGUCUCUGCUGCGCCUCCUGGAGGAGGGAGAAAAGAUCCAGCACAUGUACCGCUGUGCCAGGGUGCAGGGUCUGGACACCAGCGAGGGCCUGCUGCUGUUCGGGAAGGAGCACUUCUACGUCAUCGACGGUUACACCAUGACCCUGUCCAGGGAGAUCAGGGACAUCGACACGCUGCCGCCCAAUUUGCACGAGGCCAUCAUCCCCAGAGGAGCGCGACAGGGCCAGAGCCAGCUGAAGAGGACCUGCAGCAUCUUCGCCUAUGAGGACAUCAAGGAGGUCCAUAAGAGACGCUACCUGCUGCAGCCGAUGGCGGUGGAGGUUUUCUCUGCAGAUGGGAGGAACUACCUGUUGGCCUUUCAGAAAGGCGUUCGCAACAAAGUCUACCAAAGGUUUUUAGCCGUCGUCCCGUCGCUGGCCGACAGCUCCGAGUCGGUUUCGGGUCAGAGGCCCAACACCAGCGUGGAACAAGGGUCGGGUCUGCUCAGCACGCUGGUCGGUGAGAAGUCCGUGACUCAGAGAUGGGAGAGAGGAGAGAUCAGCAACUUCCAGUACCUGAUGCAUCUGAACACGCUGGCCGGGCGCUCCUACAACGAUCUGAUGCAGUAUCCCGUCUUCCCCUGGAUCCUGGCGGACUUCGACUCGGAGGAACUUGACCUGAACAAUCCCAAAACGUUCCGCAACCUCUCCAAGCCGAUGGGCGCUCAGACCGACGACCGGCUGACGCAGUACAAGAAGCGGUACAAGGACUGGGAGGACCCCAACGGUGAAACCCCGGCGUACCACUACGGGACCCACUACUCGUCCGCCAUGAUCGUCGCUUCUUAUCUGGUCCGGAUGGAGCCGUUCACGCAGAUCUUCCUCAGACUCCAGGGAGGCCAUUUUGACCUGGCAGACCGAAUGUUCCACAGCGUGCGAGAAGCUUGGCUGUCCGCCUCCAAGCACAACAUGGCCGACGUUAAGGAGCUGAUCCCGGAGUUCUUCUACCUGCCGGAGUUCCUGCUGAACUCCAACAACUUUGAUCUGGGAGCCAAGCAGAACGGCACCAAGCUGGGCGACGUGAUCCUGCCACCCUGGGCCAAAGGCGACCCGCGGGAGUUCAUCCGAGUCCACAGAGACGCGCUGGAGUGUGACUACGUCUCCGCCCACCUCCACGAAUGGAUCGACCUGAUCUUUGGCUACAAGCAGCAGGGUCCUCCAGCUGUGGAGGCCGUGAACGUCUUCCACCACCUGUUCUACGAGGGCCAGGUGGACAUCUACAACAUCAACGACCCGCUCAAAGAAACGGCCACCAUCGGCUUCAUCAACAACUUCGGUCAAAUCCCCAAGCAGCUGUUUAAGAAGCCCCACCCACCUAAGCGUGUGCGCAGCAGGACCAACGGGGAGUUAACGAGCAUUCCUCCGAGCUCCGGCAGCGACAAGAUCUUCUUCCAUCACCUGGAUAACCUCAGACCUUCUCUUGCUCCUGUUAAAGAGCUGAAGGAGCCCGUGGGUCAGAUCGUCUGCACCGACAAGGGAAUCCUCGCUGUGGAGCAAAACAAAGUCCUGGUUCCACCCGGCUGGAGCAGAACCUUUGCCUGGGGCUACGCCGACCUCAGCUGCCGAUUGGCCAAUUACGAGUCCGACAAGGCGCUGGUGGUGUACGAGGGCCUGUGUGAGUGGGGUCAGAUCCUCUGCGCCAUAUGUCCAAACCCAAAGCUGGUCAUCACCGGCGGCACCAGCACCGCCAUCUGCGUGUGGGAGACGGGGACCUCCAAGGAGAGGACCAAGUCUCUGACGCUCAAACAGGCCUUACUCGGCCACACGGACGCUGUAACGUGUCUGACGGCGUCAUCGGCAUACCGCAUCGUGGUCAGCGGCUCUCGGGAUCGAACCUGCAUCAUCUGGGACCUCAACAAGCUCUCCUUCGUCACACAGCUGAGGGGCCACCGGGCGCCAGUCUCUGCUGUGUGCAUCAACGAGCUGACGGGCGACAUCGUGUCCUGCGCAGGAACCCACAUCCACAUGUGGAGCAUCAACGGCAGCCCCAUCGCCAGCGCCAACACCUUCACGGGUCGCAGUCAGCAGAUCCUGUGCUGCUGCGUGUCGGAGAUGAACGAGUGGGACACGCAGAACGUCGUCGUCACGGGACACUCGGACGGCGUCGUCAGGUUCUGGAGAAUGGAGUUCCUCCAGGUCCCAGAAACCCCCGCUCCAGAGCCGGUUGAGCCCGACGUGCCGGACUGCUGCGGCGAUGAGAAGCUCGAAGGAGGCGAGAGCCACAACGGAGACGACGACAGCAGCGAGUCCGAUGCAGACGAGUCCAGUUUGAACCAGGAGUCCAGAGCGCCGCCCAACCCGACGGGCGGCAGUGGCAGCCAGCCGGGCAGCACCGUCCACAGACCCAGGGGUCCGUCGUCCCGAGCCGGGGCGUCCUGGUCCAUGGACAGCGGCUCUGAUGACUCCCACCGCUGGUCGGACAGCCUCAGCAUCGAUGAGAAGGACGGUUUUGUGUUUGUCAACUACUCUGAGGGCCAGACUAAAGGUGCAGCCCCCCACCCGGCUCACCCGGGCCAGGCGUCCGCGCCUCAGCCUCUUCCUCCGGCCACCGCGGAGCCACGGACGUUUCACCUGCUCAAAGCAGGAUACCGGUGGGAGCGACAGCUGGUCUUCCGCAGCAAACUCACCAUGCACACAGCGUUUGAUCGCAAGGACAACGCCCACCCGGCUGAGAUCACCUCCCUUGCCAUCUCCAAAGACCACAGUAAGAUCCUGGUGGGUGAUGGGCGUGGCCGAGUGUUCAGCUGGUCCGUGAGCGAUCAGCCGGGCCGCUCGGCGGCGGACCACUGGGUGAAAGACGAGGGGGGGGACAGCUGCUCCGGCUGCACGGUCCGCUUCUCCCUGACGGAGCGACGCCACCACUGCAGGAACUGCGGGCAGCUCUUCUGUCAGAGGUGUAGUCGCUUCCAGUCUGAAAUCAAAAGGCUGAAGAUCUCCUCUCCUGUUCGAGUUUGUCAGAACUGUUUCUACAACCUGCAGCACGAGCGCAGUGUCGACGGCGGCGGCGGCAGAAACUGAGCUCCGCGUGCGUCUGCUGGAGCUGAGCUUCGUCCCUCCGUUCGCCUCCUCCAGCCCCGCCUCCACGCAUCUGUGCAGGAAAACAGACGCAUCAGGAGACCCCGUCACCACCUGCAGAAGAAUAAAGCCGCUUCGCCCCCAUCGUCUCUGCCGCUACAGACUUGUUUAUAGUGUAAAUACGGAUCACGGCCUUUUAACUCUGCAGCAGAACAAAACUCAAGGUCAGUAAAUCGGCUUCCUGUGACUUAGCGUUGUGACUAACCGCCGCCGGCCUCAAGAGGAGACAGGAGAGUGUUUAACCUGCUUCACAGCGAGUCCAGAGGAAGGAUCUGAAUGUCCGUGUGUGGGCGGAGUUAUGCAAAAAUCACCUUUUUUAACACAAUCUCCACAUCGUUGACACAAACGUGAGCUCUUCUGUUUCUCCUGAGAUGUUUCUGCUUUUUAUUUGGGCCAAACCGUUUUUAUCAUUAGAUCAACGUCCCGGUGUAGACUCCUGCUGCUCUGGGACCGCCUGCACCCGCGGCACCAGGUGGUCACACGUGUCCUCCGAGGUUUGCUUUGAUCCGUCACCUAUCGCUCCAACUCUUCUGCUGCCAAACUUUGUCUUUUGUGUCAUUUUUCAUGUCAAAGCAGCUUUUGGAACGCACAAAGAAGAGAGAGGUUUUUAUUUCUCUCAUUCCCUCUCUCACACACACACACACACACACACACGUAUGUAAUGGCCACUAAGGCCUUUAGGUAAAGCGCGAUGAGAAUAAAAACUGGAAAAAAUGACUUUUUAAGGAGCGGGCUUCAUGAAUAAUAACAUAACUGGAUGCUUUAGUCGUUCACUCUUAAAUAUUCUGGGCUAAAUUAAAAAGUUUCACCUUGAUAAAAAAUCUCUGAGGAUUAUUAAAACUUUCAUGUGUGAGAAUCUUUUAAAAUGAACACAUGAAUGUUGUUUUACGCGAGUUUAACAGAAGCUAAAUGACAGAAAAGAGCCUGAGAAGCCUGAACGGUUUCCUUCAUUUCUCUUUCUUGCCUCUCUGGUUUGUUUUGAACAGUCGUGCGUUCAGAUGCUGCUUUCUGUCUUUUCUCUGAUCUCUGGAGAGGAAAACAGGCAUCUGGGUGUUUUUGUCACCACUGCCACAGAUCCUGGCUCUUGUGACUGUAGUAGCUCGUCGCCACCGUCCUCCUUCGCCGCUCUGUGGUCGUCAGGUCUGUUGCACCGUGGACAAAAAAGCGAUGAAUCAUGAGUUUUUAUUGGCUGCAGGUUUAUGUUGUGGUUUGAACACAGAGGUGCGUUUCACUGCAGAUAAAUGAACUGUACAAAGUAUUUAUGCAAUUGUAACUGGUUUUAAAUUUUUUUAAUGAUUAUUUCAGCAAGAUUUGUUACUUGUUGCAUGUGAAUUAACUCAGCUGACUUUCUGUGUCAGUGUCUGUACAUGUUAGGCUGUUUAUGAUUUGGUUUGGAGUUUGAGACAGGUUUCUGAGGAAGGGAUUGCCGUACAACAGCGGACGGCGCCGUGAGCUCCGGGGGACGCUCCACUCUUCACAGGAGUAAAAUGGACUCUUCAAAGAGCGCGAGGGAAAAAGAGACGAUGCAGAGUUGUUUUGGUGGUCUUGUAUUAGGCUGCAUUACUACAGUAUCUGGUGUGCAAUCUGUGAUAGCUGAAUGUUCCCUGUAUAUUUGUGUUCACGACGUCGUACAAGAGAAAAACUACGUAGAUUCAAACCCCCGCGCAGAAACAAAAUGUUACCGUAAUGCAAUAGAUCUGGUACUUAUUCUUUUUCAUUUCAUUUCAAUAAAUAAUUGCUGUUUACCACCAGAAGCCUGGUUCA